AUGGCGGAUAUGGAGGUGUGUGCUACAGAGAAAAUCCUCGAAGUAAAACGAGGAAUUUCGGGUGGAUUUGGAUUUUCUUUGAUGGGUGGUUUGGAUUCUAAUUUACCACCUGUAAUAUGUGAUAUUCUUGAUAAUUCACCGGCAGCAGAAUGCCCUGGGAUGCAGAUUGGUGAUAUCAUUCUAGAGAUCAACAAAGAGAGGAUCUUAGGCAAGAGUGUGAAGGAGGCUGUAUCAUGCUUAAUGAAAUCUCCUGACUGCUUGGUUCUAAAAGUAAAGGAAGAUGCAAAAAUAAGAAAACGAGUAGAAAAGUUUAUGGAACCCAUAACGAAGGAUCUCAACCAGCAUAGAUCGUCACCCCAAUCAAGUGGAUCUACAAGUCCAACACCGAACCUCAUCCGCCUGACAUCAAGCGGAAAGGAACUUGAAAAGGCUGGAAUAGAAGCGUCAUUAAGCUCACCUUCUUCAUCUGUAUUCACUUUCGCUGAUAAACAUAACACCAUAGAUCAAACGAUUAUGGAACAUGAGAAUAUGGUAUCAGAAAAUGGAAGCCAAUCACGAAUUGAAACAGACUCUUUCACUCCUUUGAGUAGUAAGUGUGCGCAUGGAACACGUGAUCAGUUUUCCGGUUUUCCGCUAUCAAGUAGUACCGAUUCUAGUUUAUCGGAUUUGACACCUAGUAACAAAGUACUGGUGACGAGCGCCCUCAUUCACAGGGAAGACUCGUCUUUAUCAGGUGCCGCAAAUGUGCCGUUAAUGGACACAAACUCAAAUAAAAUUCCUUUUAAUGAACCAGUAAUACAUAUUAAUGGUAAUGAUGAUGUUCCUGUUGAGGAGCUGCUUAGACGUGAGAGGAGGCAUGAUUCUGGGGUUGGAGGUUCCUCCGAUGGCAGUGCUGCUGACAUUUCAGAAGAUCCCGAUUUGGAAUUAAAUCAGGAUUCGAUGCUUAAUUCCCAGAUUGUAAAUGAUUUUGAAAUAAGUGCACAAGACAACUCGCAGAAGCCUUUCGAAGAGACUCAUUUUGGAGAUGAAACCUUCGAUGGUGCAUGCAUGUCAAACCAUAAGGAACACGAUCAAGAGAUGCCAAUUUCAUCUCUGAAAUCUCCUACUAUGUCUAUACCCCACGAAAAUUCUUCAAACUCUGCUACAAAUUUCUUAGUCCCACAUAGUUCGCCGAAGAAAUCACCAACAAAGCCCACCCCUCAAGGUGCCUUAAGGCUCUCGCAUAGCACUGGCUGUCUGGAAAUAUCGCAAUCAAACUCAGGGACUCAGGAACCAUUCCCUGAGGAGGAAUGUGUUAUACCAAGGAGUGCUUCAUGUUCAACGAUAGACUCAGAAGAUGCACUGGACAUGAAAAUGUUAGAGGAUGCUAUAAUGAACAGUAGUGGCAAAGGUCUGGAUAAACCGUCCGCAAAAAGACUAGCAAAGCGCCUCUAUUUAUUAGAUGGAUUUAAGCGAUCAGAUGUUGCAAAGCAUCUUAGUAAAAGGAAUGAUUUUAGCCAAAUUGUAGCGGAAGAGUACCUAAAUUAUUUUAAUUUUACCAACGAAAAACUGGAUGUUUCUCUUCGGAAUUUUUUGAAGGCGAUCACGUUAGUUGGGGAAACUCAGGAAAGGGAACGCAUUUUGACGCACUUCUCUCGGCGGUAUAACGAGUGUAAUCCGGGAAAAUUCAAGUCGUCCGAUACAGUGCAUACAUUAGUUUGUGCAAUGCUAUUAUUAAACACAGAUUUACAUGGACAAAAUAUAGGUAAAAAGAUGAGUUUACAAGCAUUCCAGAUGAACUUGGAAAAGAUGAACGAUGGAGAGGACUUCCCGAAGGAUCUUCUGAAACGAAUCUACCAAUCGAUAAAGGUGAACAACAUCCAGUGGGCAAAGGGGGAAGCCCAGGAGAUAACAUUUCAAACUCCACCCAAUGGAACUAGAACACUCACAUCUAAUCCUUUUAUGGAGCUUCAGAGCGAUCCAAAUGCUCCGGUGUUUAUGCAAGGGUACAUCAUGCGUAAAAAUAUCAAAGAAGUUGAUGGCAAGAAGACUCCAAAGGGCAAAAGGUCAUGGCGUAUGUACUAUGCAGUAUUAAAAGGUCUUAUUCUGUAUUUGCAUAAGGAUUUUAGUGUGGAGGAAACACUAGCAGAACAAAAAGGUGAUAGCAGCAAUGCAACGGAUCGUUCGGACAUUGCAUCCCAACUAAAUUUCCACAAACCUAAGGAGUCACAUAGCCUGCAUCAUUGCUUAGCAACCAAGGAUACAGAAUAUAGUAAAAGAACGAAUGUAUUCCGAGUAAGACAUUCUGAUUGGAGCGAAUAUCUCACACAGUGUUCGGAUGCUAAUGAAGUGCAGUUGUGGAUGCAAGCCUUCAACAUAGCAGCGGCAACUUUAUCCACUCCACCGCUACCAGCGGGCUGCGGGUCUAUGAGACGCUUCACUCGCCCCCUUCUUCCAUCCUCCUCUUCCAAGCUCAGCAGAGCAGAGCAACUUCAAAAUCAUGAGACCAAGGUUGCUGAGUUGGAACAUGAACUAGAGGAGCAUCGUAGUUACCCUCCUGAUAAAAGCGCUCGAGCAGCUGUACUUAAGGACUGGGAUGAUAAAAGGGAGUAUUUAGAGUAUGAGAUGACCAGAUUUAAGACGUAUGUUUACCUGCUGCAGUCGAAUGUCGGCAACCCUCUCCUUUCCAUGCAUGCCUCUGCCUCAAGUACCCCCUCCCCGAUAACAUCCUCCGUGUCGUUGAAGAAACCCACCUCUCACUCCAUGUCGCAGGCAGAUGACGUACAGAGGCGAGCACCGAAUACUAAGCCUAUUUUCGUCUAAAUUUUCUUUUGUUUUCCUUAAAAGAUUUAAAGAUAAUUACCCAAGUUUACAGACUAGCCUCUUCCCCGGGACGUCUGAAGAACGUUCAACCUCCGCUGCCCCUUAAUGUUGAGGACGAGGAAACAUAUUUGUAAUUUUGUAUUUGCAGACUGACGCACGUUAGACCAAGUUUUCGGUGAACGGUUUAAAAAAAAAGAUCUGUUGAGAAUUUUUUGAGCAAAGUUAAACAAGAUUUCAGCUCUGUGCUUGUGCAAGUUUCUUAAAAGCGUACAUAGCUUCAAGGAAAGCAUAUUGCAGAAAAAAAAUAGGCAGUAGUCUCUAUACACACUGUUAUGAGAAAGAUCACUUUCUUGGGAUAUAAAGUAUAUUUAGCCAGGAUAUACUGUAUACAGUCAGUGGCGGCUCUAGGAUACAUCUUCUGGGGAGGGGUUGGUGGUUGUGACAAGCUGUCCGACAGGGGGCCUUGAGCUUGUAUCGCUGAGGAGUGGGAGUGUGGAAAUGGGAUUUUUUAUAAAUAGGGACCUCUGGAUGGCCAGAAAUGACAUUCUAGAACUGUGAAAGUCAUGUUUUGGUUUGGUGUAGGUCUAUUUAAAAAUUUUAUUGGUCCGACGGCCAGUGAGGCCUUGAUGUGUCUGAUGGGGGCUUAGGCUUACCCAAGCCCCCCCCCCCACCCCCUGGCUCCGCCACUGUAUACAGCAUACAUGUAUUUUGUAUGUUAAGAAAUAUACAUGAAUAUUUAAUCCUUUUGUUUGAAUAUAUAAUUAUUAAAAGUAAUUCUAGCACCAUAUGAAUACUGUAUAUUUAAUUUAUGUAAUAAAAAAAUGUUUUUAAUUAUGCAAAACUUUCUACAAUUCUGACUCUGGUAGUUGUACAAAUGUUUGCAUAAGUUGCAAACUUUAUAUAGUUUUAUUAUGUUGGGUUAUGGCAUAAUAUUUAAAAACCAUAUUAUUUAAUAUAUGGUCUGAAAUAACGUAUAACUUUUAUUCAAAAACUAUAGUUCAACUGAAUACAUUUUACUGUACAGUCUUGUGUGUAUACAGUUAACAAAAGGAAACUAAAACAGAACAUACCACCUACGUAUACAGUAUUUAUAUAAUGCUAUAUUUAUUUCUUUGUCAACAAAUACAUACAUUCAGCAUAAUUCCUACUGUACAGAAAAUACUUUAAUUUUAGUCACUUUAUUGUCAAUACAUACACAAGACAGUCGUGAUUCUAUGAAGAUCGCCACAGCGAGUGUGCAACAGAUUCUUUUUAAUGAUGAACCUUCGGGCUGCCACCAACAAUUAGCAGACAGCUUCACGACGUAUAGCGCUAACAGGAAGCGCAGUUGGAUUCAACACAGUGAAUGUCCGCAGCUUUACAUGCAAUGAAUCAAUUAAAAUAUUAAAAAUAUAGAUAAUAUAUAUCGUAAUCAAAAUCUGUCAUUUGCUAAUUUUAAUGAGAUGCAGUUUCGCAUUUUUGUCAAAUUAUCUAGAAUUAUUCUUAAGUAACUUAAAGUAAAACAAAAAACAAUUUGUGUACCUCUGUAAUUUUUGAAUACAUAGCUUUUCAGUAUAUCACUAUUACUUUGUGAUCCGAAAAAUUAAAUUCAUUAUCAUU